AUGAUGGUGGUGGUGGUGCCCCAAGCCUCUGUCACCUGGCGGGGCUGGUCGGAUUACCGAGGGACCGCUGGGUUUCGAACGCCAAGCCCCGCCGUCCCGCCUGCACAUGCGAGUCGACCUGUUGUUCCGAAGCCAUGUGCUCCUGUAGGCUGCUGUAAGAAUGCGGGAUUUGUCUGGGAGUGGCCUGUCUACAAGAGUAAACUUAGAGAAGAAGUUCCCAAAUGUGACGAGCAUCCAGAUCAGAAUCUCAAUGUCUACUGCAACUCAUGUGAGCAAGUCAUAUGCACAACAUGCUCUGUACUUGAUCAUGAAAAACACUCACUCACUGGAUUACCUGAGGCAGUAGAGAAAUGUAAGAAGAAGGUCACAGAAAUGGUCCAAAAAAGUGAGAAAAGAAAAACAGAAUUGAGCACCACCAUAGAAGAGAUGUCCAAAUCUCGCAAGGAUCUGGACACCAUGUUUGCCUACACUCAAAAGAAAAUCUCCAAAAAGGCUCAACAGGAGAUUACAAAGCUCAAACAGGAGGUUGCAAAGAUCAAAAAGGAAGAACAGAAAUUGUUGAAAGAGACCAGCACGAUUUAUAAAGACAAACUCAAAGCUUUUGAAGCUGUUCAAGCAACCAACAGGAAAGAGUUGACACAGACAGAGCACAAGCUGGAGGAGGUGAACCAACUCAUGAAUCAAGCAAGUUGCUAUGAGAUUCUUGAACUUCAGCAGAAGCUCUUGCAUAACCUCAGUGAAUUGUCAGGGAAACAGCCACAACAAGUUCCCGACAGGUUGACCUUCAUGGAUUUUGAAGAAGGUGACAGGUCACUUGGGAGACUCAUUCUGGAGGAAGAACCAAAGGCUGCAGAAAAGCCAACGCCAAGACCUCCAAGAUCAUGUGUGAAGGAGAAAUGGGAACUGAAGAGUGAAGCCACGAACAUUGGAGUAACACAAACAUAUAUAUCACAUGUUGCAGCACUCUUUAACAAUAAAAUACUUGGAUGUGGUUAUCCACGUGGCAUCACAUUCACAUCAAGUGGUGAUCUGGUAGUGGCUGCAGGAGAGUCUGUACAGGUCUAUCACCGAGUGUAA